AUGAAACAACUACUAAGUUUACUAUAUGUUGCUGCGUUCACGAGCUGUUUGGUUAUCGACACGGCGGAUGGCGCCAAACCAAAGGGAGGAAUAGUGCAAAUUGGCAGCCCCAACGCGCACGUGCCUCCACUGCAAAUGCAUUUUGCAGCCAAGCGAGAAGUUGACCACGAAGGAAGCGCGUCUCAAGACAAAGAUGAUCGUAAAGAAAAAAAUUCAGAUGACCAGGGGUCGAAGAAGGAUAGUGUGGAUAGUGGAGAGGCUUUUCUCAAGUCUGAAGGUAGAGUCGGCCUUGGAGAGUUGUUUUGGAAAUUGUUGACCGUUGGUAAGCAGAUUACCAUGGAGAAGUUGGCGAUCUUGAAGGAUAUUUUGAUUGUGCUUGACAAGUUGAAGGCUGUUCGUGACAGUGGUGGUUUCGAAAGUGGCACUUCUGGUGGAUCUAAAUUGAAGGAGUUGCAGCUCCUUGCCAGAGCUGCCGCGGAAAAAGAAAAAGAAGACAUCAUUUUCCAUGCGCAAGCUGUAAUCGACAACGGUGCCGCAAAAGAUCUCACUUUUGAUGAUGCUUUUUGGGGGUCCAAAGCUGAAGGUUCGGUGGAACUGACCAAAUAUGAGCCUGAGCGUCCACUGUCACUGCGCCACUCUCUGGAAAGGAGGCCACUCGAGUGUGCACACUGCGGAGAUGACAAGCACCGCUCUUUUGAAUGUCCUCAUAGUCGCGGCUCGAAAAAGUUAGCAGGAUGCCCAUUCUGUGGCGAUGACAAGCACAAUUACUUUGAUUGCCCACUUCGACGUGAAUAUGAUGGGUAUCCGAACCAGGAAUGUCAAGAUGGAGAGGAAGGAUGCCAUGACUGGGACAGCGAUUGUGAUGAGUGGGAAAGAGAGUUUAGAAAGAAAUGGCAGUGGAAAAACAGCAAAGGCUCGAAAUCUAGGGUAGAGUACGAGCGAGAAGCACAUAAGCAUGGUGAGAGCUGGAAUGACAAGUGGGUGGAAGAUCACCAUGAUCAAAAUCGAGGUUCUGGUAGCAAGGCUAGCCACGGUGAGAGCAACUGCGAAAACAGAGAUGACAGAAAGGGGCCCGGACACAAUAACGAUGGCAGACAUGAACACGACAGAGGGAUGGGUAGGGUACCAUCAUUAGAUCCACAAGGUCCACAAGGCUCACAAGGUCCACAAGGUCCACAAGGUCCACAAGGCUCACAGGGCCCGCCAGGUCCACCAGGUCCACCAGGUUCCCAAAGUCCGCAAGGUCCGUCACGUCCACAACGUCCACUGGGUCCACUGGGUCCAGGUGAUCAUGAUCAUGAUCAUGAUCAUGGUAAUGGACACCAAUACAGGAAGGAAGUUGAUACGAAAGAUGACCACCCACCUGAUGAAGGUGGCAGACGCCGCAGUCAGGUUGGGUGCAGCAAUGACAAACACGAUAAAGACAUUUCCAGAGUCCCAGCUCCCCAGCCUUAUCGACCAAGUGAUGGUAAAGGUGGCGCAAGUCCACCUGGCUCUGACUGUAAAAAAGGUCCAGCUGACGAUGGAAGAAGCGGACCUCCAAAGAAAUCCGACGACAACAAGGAAUCAUAUAGAGAGCCCCACAGAGAACCUCAAAGAAAGCCCCACAGAGAACCUCAAAGAGAGCCCCACAGAGAACCUCAAAGAAAGCCCCACAGAGAACCUCAAAGAGAGCCCCACAGAGAACCUCAAAGAAAGCCCCACAGAGAACUUCAAAGAGAACCUCAAAGAGAACCUCACGGAAGGAGUUUGGAAAACGAGCACCCGUAUAUCGAGUUGGCUGCUGACGAUCGGAGAUCAAAUUUAAACAGGUUUAGAGGUUGGAUUGGUCGCGGGGGAGCCAGUAACAGAAAGAGCCAGUCGGGAAAGUUUGACAGCAGCAAUGCAACGAGACCCGAUCGUCCUGAUGACUGGCCUUUCCAAGGUGGAAGAGGAACAAGCAGUCAGCGAGGGCGGUUUGGUGACGGAAGAGAACAACGGGGUCGUUCUAGAAGCGGCAGUGGUAAUCGGAGAGGUGGUCCCUACAAAGGAGACAAGUAUAGCGGAUCUGGUCAAGGUUAUCGAGGUGACCGCAGAGGGAGCCGAAGGCCUGUCCCUGAACCGUACCCAGUGCCUCCCCAAAUCUGGGACGACGGUCCAAGAAAGCCGGACAAGUUUUAUGACGGGCCUAGGGGAAGAAAACCUUCGGCUCGUGGCAAACCGAAGCCCUCCGCUGUACCUGUACCCGUACCUGUACCUGUACCCGUACCUUCACCUUCACCUAAACCUGUGCCUGUACCCGUACCCGUACCUGUACCCGUACCUUCAGCUUCACCUUCACCUAAACCUGUACCUGUACCCGUUCCUGUACCUUUACCCGUGCCUUCACCUUCACCUUCACCUAAACCUGUACCUGUACCCGUUCCUGUACCUGCACCUUUUCCUGUUCCUGUACCUGAACCUGUUCCUGCACCUUUUCCUGAACCUGAAGCUGAAGCUGAAGCUGAACCUGGACCUGGACCUGGACCUGGACCUGGACCUGAACCUGAACCUGAACCUGAACCUGGACCUGUACCUGGACCUGAACCUGGACCUGAACCUGCGCCUGAACCUGUACCUUCAGAAAUUAGUAUACUACCAUUACCGCCACUACCACCAUCACCAGCACCACCUAUAGAAAGCGAAGUUCCUGCACCGCGUAUUGAAAGUGGUAUCCAGCCACUACCCAUUGAGGAAGCAGUCCCUGCACAACCCAUUGAAGGAGGCGUACAGCCACUACCUGUUGAAAUAGAAGUGCGACCUUUACCCGCUGAAAUAGAAGUCCAACCUUUACCCGCUGAAGAGGCAGUCCUAACACAGCCCCUUGUGAGUAGCGUCCGGCCACCACCCGUUGAAGGAACAGUUUCUGUUCAGCCUGUUCAAACUGUUGCAAGUGGCAUUCAGCCACUACCCGUUGAUGAAGGCGUACAGCCACGGCCUAUUGUGGAAGAGGUGGAACUACUACCGGUUGAAGACGGCGCACAUUUGCAACCUCCCGUUAAACGUGACGAGGCGGAAGAAAAUGAUAGCGGAAAAGAUCCCGAGCGCAUACAAGGUGGUCAUUUCGACAAUGGCCGCCGAAAUAGUGACAACAAAGGCGAAUCUCGUCUGAUCACAGACAAAGUCACGAGAAAGGAGCUUUGGCCGGACAGUGCAGACCCCAUCCCAAAGCAUGCUAGCGCGAUGAAGCGCAAAGAUGUGCACUUGUUGAUUCGUGAUAUGUCGAAAUUGCUGGGGCUCAAAGGGAAAGGCGAAAAGGGAGAUGAUACGGGCUCUCAAGUUAAAGGCCCUUCAAAAGGCGCUUCAACUACUCAAGACUCGGGAAAGGACAAGGGCAAAAAAAAGAAAAAAAUCAAGGAGAAGCUCAAGUCUUUUUUGGACAAGGACAAAGGCGGAACAGACGACAAAGGUGGCAAGACUGGAGCUGCAACCGGUAAGAAAAGCAGCGGCGACAGCGGCAUCAGUAGCGACACCAAAGGUAAGAAAACUACCGAAAAGACCAUUGUAAAUGAGAGUGACGAAUCUUGUGACGAAGAGGAGGAGGAGGAGGAGGAGGAGGAAAAGGUACCGGAACAGAAAAAAACAACCAUUAAGGAUUCAACACUGACCAAGAAGAGUAAAGGGACAAGCAAUGCCAAGGGUAAGAAAGUAUCUUCAGUAAAAUCAAAACCAAAGACCUCAAAAAAGGCAGCUAAAAAGGUCUCAAAGUCGAAAGUAAGCAAGAAAGUCAUAGACGACAAUGAAAACGAGGAAGCGCCCGCCACGAAAAAGAAAAAGACGGCUUCAAAAGUGUCGAAUUCGGGCAAAGAUACAACCUCUAAAAAGUCCAAACAGACGCAGGGCAGUAAAAUAUCGUCGGGGACAUCAACCAAGAAGACCACCAAGAGCACGCUAGAGGAAAUAUUUUGCUCAGACGAUGAACUGUCUGAGGAAGAUCUUCCGACAAAAAAUGUGAGCAAGGGAACGUCAUCAAGCAAAGGUCAGGGGUUGAAGCUGCCAAAAAUCAAGUACGUCGUGGAGGAUGAUGACGAAGAUGAUGAUGACGACGACGAUGAUGACGGCGUGGACGAAAAAGGAAAAGCACAGCCAGUGAAAAAAGCAAAGAGUAGUAAAAAGGGUAAGCGUUCUUUUGCAAUGGCUUCAAUCUCGAUAGGAAAAAGAGGUGCAACAAAGGAGAAACCAGCUGCGGUAAAGAUUGACAGAGUUGCACUUGGCUCACAAAAAGCUGGGAAAACUAGCGAGUUUCCAGUGGAUGGCGAAAAUGACAGCUCGAAACUGAACAACAAGCGUUUGGGCCAAGGCAGAACGAGGAAGGCGAAAUUUGCAAGAAAAACCAAAUACCAGACCAAUGGACCAAAGGGUAGCAGUAAAGAUGAUGACUGUGACGAAGCAGCGCCAGUCAAGGUCGAUAAAGGAGCACUGGCUAAAUUUGAUGAGGACUGUGACGAGGAGAGUUUUGGCAAACCUGUUGCGGGAAAGAGCGGACAAACGAGUUCGUCAAAGGCAAAAACCAAGCAAAAGGAACCAAGUGGUGCGUGCAAAGACGAUUGUGGUGACGCCAACCAGAAGCUGAAGCAGAAGCCGCAAAAGCAAACAUUGGCUGGACCCAAGAAACUUGUCGAACGUCCCUCUUCAAAAGUCCAGGAUGAAUUCCUGAAAGGUCAAGAUUGCGUCGAGGAUAAAAAGAUAGAUGCCAAACCUAGUGUAAAUGGAAAUUUCAAAAAGCAAACUCUUCCAAUGAGAGGUCAACGAUUUGAAAAGUAUUUAAAACGUGACAUGUUGAACUGGAAGGAACUGGUUGCAACAAAGAAUGAACGAGAUGGAGACCAGAAUAAAGGGGAGGGAAACCAGGGCUGGGUCCGCGAACGUGAGGCUGAGGCUAACGAAAACGAAAACGAAAACAGCAAGGUUCGCAGAUUGGAUUCAGAUAAUGUGGCCAACAAAGACGAAAACCAGGAACCGCCAAACAACAAAUUCCCAAAAUUAAAGAAAUUCUUCAAGAAAGGUCCCGUGGGUAACAAGACGCAGAAGCAGUUGGGUGACGGCUCGAAAGGGGACGGCAAGAAGGAUCGGGAGGACGGCGUUGCUAAUCCCGACAAAGGUGGACAGCGCAAGAAUAAACCAAGCUGGAACGACAAAUGGCGGCCAAGCACUAGGAAGAAAAAGACGGACAAUAAAAAAAACAACGAUGGAAAGAAUUUAAAAAAGGCCGGAGACAACCAAAAAGAUGAAAAGAAUCGGAACGAUGGCCAAGACGGAAAAGGUCCCUCUGGUGGGAAAACAGGCAGCGAGAGAAAGUGGACUAGUGGAAAAAUCUGGGGUGACGGAAAAUCCAACCGAGGACACAAAUUUUAUCGCCAAAGACCAAAUGCAGGAUGGAAGAGCUGGAAUGACUCACGCAAGGACGAUCAAAAGACCUUGAUUAGCAUUGGUGACAAUGGGGGCCCAGCAAGCGGAAAUGAUCGUCGGAACGAUUGGAUUGAGCUGAAUGCCCAGUUACGAGACGAGAACAAGCUUUUCGAAAUUGGCAAUGGCAACCACCAGGACAACAAGGGCGUCGAUAAACGCGAUUUUUCCGAUUUGAAAGAUAUGAAGGGAGAGAAAGGAGGCUUCAGAGACCUGGGCAGCAAACCCAAGGUUGGAGAAAGAAAUACAAAACAUAAAAAACCAGCUAAAGAAGUUCAUGAAGAGCCUUUGAAAAAGAGCAGAGGUGGAGGAGGAGCUGGCGGAAAAGGUGGAGGUGGAGGAUCAUCUCAAGGCGGCAAAACCAAGUCAGAGGGGCGCGCAAGUGGCAACAAAGGUAAAGGUGGUCGCAAGACUACGUCAAGACUGGAGGAAAAGGGCCUCUCAUCAGAAGAAGACACUGACGAUGACGAUUUUGAGGAAAGCUACGGCAAGUUCAAAGGCGAGAUUGGAAAGUCAAGGACUGAAUCUGGAGGCAAGACCAAGUCCGGAAAGGAGGAACCCUCUUCUUCUAAGGACCAGGAUGAAAACGCUAAGGGGAAUUGGAAGAACAAGAAAAUAGUGAAACUUUUAACUAAGAUUUGUCAGCUGUUUGGAAUGAAAGGUGCAAUGGGCAAACUAGGCGAGAAGCAGUCACGAGAUGGCGAAAUGAAAGGAAACGGAGGCAGCACCGGUGGCCAAACGAAUGCAGAGGGCGGCGGCCGUCGAACAGUAACAGUGGUCAAGACUAAGUCGGUGGUGAAUUACUCUACGCGUACAGUGACAAGAGGGAAAGCUGGCUCAACUUUCACGGUGACAAAAACAGAAUCCCUUACAGAAACUGAAUAUGCAUCUCACAAAUCAACAGUAACGAAGACAAAGGCCGGCCACGAUGGACGUGCGUCAACAGUUACAGUCACGGCAUCUGGUCACCAUCAUGUUUCAACUGCUACAGUUACAGUGACCGAACAUGAACACCAUCACGCUUCAACUGCUACAGUCACGGUGAUUGCACCUGGUCAUGUUUCAACUGUUACAGCCACGGUGAUCGAACCUGGUCAAGUCUCCACAGUUACGGUGACCGAACCUGGCCAUCACGGGAACGUCUCCACAGUCACCGUCACAAGGACCGGACCUGGUCAUCACGUUUCAACUGUUACGGCCACGGUGAUCGAACCUGGUCAAGUCUCCACAGUUACGGUGACCGAACCUGGCCAUCACGGGAACGUCUCCACAGUCACCGUCACAAGGACCGGACCUGGUCAUCACGUUUCAACUGUUACGGCCACGGUGAUCGAACCUGGUCAAGUCUCCACAGUUACAACCACGGUGACCGAACCUGGCCAUCACGGGAACGUCUCCACAGUCACCGUCACAAGGACCGGACCUGGUCAUCACGUUUCAACUGUUACGGCCACGGUGAUUGAAUCUGGUCAAGUUUCAACUGUUACAACCACGGUGAUCGGACCUAGUCAUCACGGGAACGUCUCCACAGUCACCGUCACAAGGACCGGACCUGGUCAUCACGUUUCAACUGUUACGGCCACGGUGAUUGAAUCUGGUCAAGUUUCAACUGUUACAACCACGGUGAUCGGACCUAGUCAUCACGGAAGCGUCUCCACAGUCACAGUGACCAAACCUGGCCAACACCCCAACGUCUCAACUGUAACUAUAACUGAAACCGCGCCACAUGGUCAUCAUGAUAAAAUACUUACUGUCACUGAAAUGGUGCCCGUCUUUGAGCCAAUCACGGUGACCGAGUUUGAACCGAUGUUUGAGCCCAUCACGGUGACUAAAAUCCGGGAAAUUUUCGACCACAUUACAAGAACAGAGAUUGAACCAGUUCUUAAACAUAUCACCACGACAGAGAUUGAGCCUGUCUUUGAGGAAAUCACGGUGACAAAGACUGAGCCCAUUGUCGAGCAAAUCACGGUUACUGCCACUCGAGAAAAGCUUAGACCUGUUACGUUGACUGAAACUCGAAACAAGCAUAGAUCUGUCACGCUAACCGAAACCAAGGCCAAGUUGAAACCUGUUACCUUGACUGAGACAUGGGAGGAGUUUAAACCCGUGCCAGUUACAAUCACAGCCUCGACCACAGUGAUUACAUCGGAAACAGCACUUCCUCCGAAACCAGGACCCCCAUUUCCGAAACCGCCGUUUCAUGGGGGAGAGAGCAGUCACUCUGAAGAUGGGAUAAAAGACUUAUAUCCAAAAGGUGGAAGUGAAAGCGAUCGUGACCAUGACCGUGAACACCUUGGUGGAAAAGACGGCACUAAAGGUGGCGACAAACUGCACCAAAAAGAGAAAUACGAAGGUGAAGGGGAAAAGAACAUUGACAAUAGAGUGAGCCCAUCCCAUGGCAUUGGGAGUGGCGGUGACGGCAGUGACGGCAGUGGCGGAGUAGGUGGUGGUCAAUAUCCUACAAAUGAAGAUGGGUUCAAGAAAGACAAGAGCGAGACUGACUCAACAGGAACUCGAUUCCAGCCACCUUUUGGACAUGAUGGAAAAAUUCCAAAUCCAACUACCACCUACCAUGAUAAGAUACGAAUUGAAGAAGGAAGACGAGAGUUCUCUAGGGAUGGGGAAAGGGCAGUGUCACGAGUUGAAACAAGGCAGCAGGAAAAUGAAGAGAUUUGCUUUGAGAAUCAACAAUGCAGAAACAAUCACAAAGGCGGUGAACAACGAUACCAAAGCGACAGCGAUGCCACGGUUGAGCUCUCGAAACGUGAUAUACUGGCUGAAGUGACACCUCAAAGAUUUUUUGAAAUGGACCGUGGAUAUAGUGGUGGUGGUGGUGGUGUUGCUGUUGCUGUUGCCGCUGCCAGUGACAGGUUUUCGUAUCCCAGGAAAUACAUAAAGCCUCCGUUUCGACGCAUGAACAUCACCAGAGCUGCCCAUCGCGAGUCGAAACACUUCCACACUGAAAAAAGUCAUAGUGAAGCGCACCAUUAUUCCAAGUUUAGGAACGCCACUUUGGACCACGAAGUGGAGCACCACAACGAGGAGAACAAGCAGUACGAAAAAGAUCACCACGAGGAGCACCACGAAGAAGACCGUCGCAAUCCGGCUCAUAGGAAGGAGAUCCAUGAGAGCAAUCUCGAGGAUUCGUGGAAGGACAACCACAACUCUUUUAAAACGGGCGAUCAAGUGCACGAGGAGCACAUUCAUGAAUAUGAAAAAGACCACCAUCACGAAGACACGGAAGAGCUGAAGAAACAUAAUGGUGACGUGCAAGAGGAGCACCAUGAGACGAAAUACCACGAGCUAGAGAAGGAGCAUCACGAACAAGAUUUCCACGAACAUGAACCGUUUUAUGAUUUGAGUAAGCUUGAAGAUGCUGAUGAGAAUGGGCAAGACGUGGAUUUCCAUAGCAUGGAAGAACAACAAAUUUCAGAGUUUCAAGCGGCGGCGGUGACUGCAAUGGCGGAAAGGGAUACCAAGUUGAAAAGGUCAGAGCUAGAUCUUUACGAGAAAACAAUUUACAAGAAAGAGAAGGAUGUGCACGAGCUCGAUCAUCACGAAGAAAGUGACACGCAUGACCUGCACCACGAGCUCGACUUGCAUGAGUCCGACGACCAUGAAUUGGAAAAGGACCAUUUUGAGAAGAAUUUCCGCGAUAAGGAUGGUGGCCAUCAUUUGGACCACCACUUGGAAAAAGAUUCCGAGACGGGAAAAGAUUUCCACAAGAAGGACCAGCAUGAAGUGCAUGAAGGUAAAGAUUCAUCUUAUGACAAGCACUUUCACGAGCUCGAUGACGUUGAGUCUUCCAAAGUGUCUGAAGAAGAUUCGUCGGUAGAGUAUGACCACGAAAAGAGGCACGAGGUGGUGCACUAUGAAGAUGAACACUACACGAACGUGACGGAGCAUCACCAAAAGAAUUACCACGAGGUUCUGAAGGACGACGAUGCGUAUCAUGAAACGGAAAAGUACGAUGACGAUACCAAGACCUUUCUCAAGGAUAAACAUCAGGUCGAUGACAAGCACCGGGAAGAUGACGAGGAAUAUAACCAAGACUUGCACGAGUUGGAUGAGAGUGUAGCCGAAAGUGAGCGUCACAAAGGUUAUAUACACGAGGUUGAUCAUGAUUGGAGAAGGAAACGCCACGAGCUAAACCAUUACGAAGAGACUGUUCGCAAAAACAUAACCGAGGUUCAUGACAAGGACGAACACCACAAGUCGGAUGACGGAUGGCAUUACAACGAAAAAAAGACGCACAAGCAUGACGACUAUAAGCUCGAUCAAGAUCGACACGAAGUGAGUCACCAUGAAGAAGACCACCACGAGGGCGGUGGAGAUUUUGAAAAAGACUAUAAUGACGUUGAUGAGUGGAAGAAUGAAAAAGAUCAUCACGAGGAUUACUACCGCGAGGUUGACCAUGGUUCUUUAAAAACAAGACAUGAAUUGGACCACUAUGAAGAUGACUUUCAUGAAGAUGUCAAGGAGCACCAUUCUGCCCGCCACCGAGAAGAGAUUGGCAAUGACUCAGUAAGCGACGAAAAGGAGCAUUUUGAAGAAGGUGACCGUGUAAAGGAAAAGACGCUUUUCCAAAUAGAUCACAAGGAAAAGGACCACGGCAAGACCGAUUAUGACACGGUGACUCAUAAGUUUGACGACGUGAGGAAAGACGAAGAGCAUUUUAAGAAAUCGUACCGUGAGCAAGCACAUCGCAAGAGACACGAGCUUAGCCAUUACGAGGAGAACUUUGCCAAGAAUGUGACCCAGCACCACGAAAAGAGCCACCAUGAAAAAUUCAAAAAUGACGAUGGUUUCUUUGAGAAGGAUACCUAUGAAGAGUCGGACCACGAUGUAGAUGAAACUGGACAUGACUUGAACCACCACGAAGAAGAUCAUGGUAGUGAUUCGGAUAGCCACGAAAAGGAUGUUGAUGAGCAUGACGAUUAUACAAAGAAGAAGGACCAUCACAAGGAGAAUCUUCAUGAGGUGCAUCACCCUUAUGAUCGUCGUAAUACUUUUAGUGAGCACGACUCUGACAAGAUUAACGAAGAGAAGCAUUUGGUUGACGAGCGUCUCAAGGAGAAAGGGAAUGAGUUUUACGAACACGACUGGGUCAAGGGCGGAGAACGCCAUUCGAAGGAACACCAUGAGAAGGAGCACCAUGAGCAUGAAACGUUUGAGCUUUCACCCGAUAGAGAACACCAUGAAAAGCUGAAGCACGACAGUGAAAAGUACGAAAAGGAGGACCAUGAAAAGGGGCCCUCGGAUCAUAGCAAGUACGUCAAGGAGAAAGAGAAGGAGGCCGAUAAGAAAAAGGUGGAUGAAGCUUUACAUGUGGAUGAACAACAUGAUUUGAAUCACGAUAAUCCUGGUACAGCUUCAGCUCCUCCACCUCCUCCACCUGCACCUCCAGCGCCCGUUAUCAAUGAGAUUCUGCCUCCACCUUUCCCAUUUCCACCCACGCCGUUGAAUGGCGUCGAGAUUGAUCCACCAGGCGGGCAAGUUGAGCCAGUUGGAGCCUAG